CUGCUAUGCAAGUUACGGGAGAAGAAUGAAAUGGAUACAUGGGAAGAUGAUCGCACUGAUCAGCGAACCUGCCUUAUCUGUGGGGACAGAGCUACGGGUCUGCACUAUGGUAUUAUUUCAUGUGAGGGAUGCAAAGGAUUUUUCAAACGUAGUAUUUGCAACAAGCGGGUUUACAGAUGCAGUCGAGACAAGAAUUGUGUCAUGUCACGCAAGCAAAGAAACAGAUGUCAGUAUUGCCGGCUCCUUAAGUGUCUCCAAAUGGGCAUGAACCGUAAAGCAAUCAGGGAGGAUGGAAUGCCAGGAGGUAGAAAUAAAAGUAUUGGUCCUGUUCAGAUAUCUGAAGAAGAAAUUGAAAGAAUUAUGUCUGGACAAGAAUUUGAGGAGGAAGCUAAUAAUUCAUGGAGCAACAACGGAGAUAGUGAUCAUAGCUCCCCUGGCAAUGGCAUUUCUGAGGGCAACCAACCAUCACCUGUCUCCACUCCUUCCUCAAGCAGAUCAAUGGAACUGAAUGGGUACACUGCACUCAGGGAUCAGUUCAUAGGGACACCAGUCACUGCGCACUAUCAGUACCUGCCGCACCUUUUUAACUAUGCUGCUCAUUCAGGCCUGCUGCCACCACAACCUCGUAACCUAGACCCUCAGUCACAUACUCUUGUAAGCCAGUUGGUUGGAGCUGAAGAUCUUGAACCUCUUGGAACACCAAUGCUGAUUGAAGAUGGGUAUAAGGUAACUCAGGCUGAGCUCUUUGCUUUACUUUGCCGGCUGGCAGAUGAGUUACUUUUCAGGCAAAUUGGCUGGAUCAAAAAAUUGCCAUUCUUCUGUGAAUUAUCAAUCAAAGACUACACCUGCCUGCUAAGCUCCACCUGGCAAGAACUCAUCCUCCUAUCUUCCCUCACUGUCUAUGACCGACAGAUUUUUGGAGAUCUUGCUGAUGUGACUUCAAAAUAUGCACCAUCUGAUGACGAACUCCAAAGAUUCAGUGAGGAGGGUAUGGAAGUCAUGGAACGACUAAUCUACCUCUUUAGAAAGUUUCAACAACUGAAGGUCAGCAAUGAGGAGUAUGUGUGCAUGAAAGCCAUCAACUUUCUGAAUCAAGAUAUUGGGGGUCUGACCAAUGUGUCUCAAUUGGAGCAGUUGAAUAAGCGAUACUGGUAUGUGUGCCAGGAUUACACUGAAUUCAAGUAUCCACACCAGACCAAUCGUUUCCCCGAACUUAUGAUGUGCCUGCCAGAGAUACGCUACAUCGCAGGUAAACUGGUCAAUAUUCCUUUGGAACAACUGCCUUUGCUUUUCAAAGCAGUCCUGCACUCAUGUAAAGCCAGUGCAAGUAAAGAAUGAGCCGUCGACGAGUGGCUUUUGAAUUUGCCAUGCCUUACUUUGGUG